AUACAAAAUAAUUCAAGAAGAUAAAAAUAAAAAUAAACCCAAAAUAUAGAAUAAAAAUCGAUCAUCUGAGAUUUAGAUAUUUGGAAAAUUGAUUUUAAAAUACGUAUAUUUUGUAUAUAGCAUACAAUCUUUGAGUAAUCUUUAUAAUAUUCACCAUGCUUAUAUUGGUAGUCCUGUUGUAAGACAGUAUAUUGCAUACAAGUAAACAAUGUGUAUAAAUCGUUUUUUAUUAAAAAGUACGCGACAUUUCUAUGUAUUACGAUAAUACACCUUUCAUGUUUUCAUAGAAAUUCGCCAAAAUGUAUUGCCGGUAGUAAAAUGUGUUUGGAUUCUAAUUUAAGGUUAUACUACAUAAUAAAGAGUUAUAUUUUAGAAAAUUUAGAUUCUAAUUGAAUGUUACAGUGCUUAAAAUCAAUUAUGGAUAAUAAUCAUUGAAUCGACAAAGUUUUAAUAGAUACAACAACAUGAAACUAGUAAAACCUAAUUGGGUUACGCACGAUGGAUAUCCAAUUUUUUCCGUGGAUAUACACCCAGAUGGAAAAAGGCUUGCUACUGGUGGGCAAGGUGGAGAUUCUGGAAGGGUUGUUAUAUGGAAUAUGGAGCCAGUAAUUAGUGAAAUUGCUGAAUUAGAUGAAAAUAUACCAAAAAUGUUGUGUCAAUUAGAUAAUCAUCUUGCUUGUGUCAAUUGUGUAAGAUGGAGUAACAAUGGUUUGCUAGCAUCAGGUGGUGUAGAUAAACUGAUCAUGAUUUGGAGAUUGUCAGGUGGGUCAGGUGGAAGUUCAAUAUUUGGUGGAAAAUCCAGUAUUGAAACAUGGCGUUGCAUAGCUACAUUACGUUCUCAUGAAGCUGAUGUACUUGAUCUUGCAUGGGCACCACAUAGUCCGUGGUUAGCUUCUGCAUCAGUGGACAAUAGCGUAAUUGUGUGGGAUGCAUCAAAAUUUCCAGCUAUAGUAGCUGUAUUAAAGGGCCAUACAGGAUUUGUAAAAGGAAUUACAUGGGAUCCAGUAGGAAAAUAUUUGGCAUCACAAUCUGAUGAUAAGACGUUAAGAGUAUGGCGUACGACAGAUUGGACAGAAGCAGCAUUGAUAUCAGAACCAUUUGAUGAAUGUGGUGGAACAACACAUGUUCUAAGACUUUCUUGGAGUCCAGAUGGACAAUAUUUAGUAUCAGCUCAUGCAAUGAAUGGUGGAGGUCCCACAGCUCAAAUAAUUGAAAGAGAUGGAUGGACACAAGAUAAAGACUUUGUUGGUCAUCGUAAAGCUGUUACUUGCGUGAGAUUUAAUGGUAACAUUUUACAAAAAAAGCAACCAGGUUCCUCUAAACAGUAUUGCUGUGUUGCUAUAGGAUCACGCGAUCGUUCUUUAUCCGUCUGGUUGACGUCCUUAAAAAGGCCUUUAGUAGUAAUACAUGAAUUAUUUACACAUUCAGUCUUAGAUGCUAGUUGGUCACCAUGUGGUCUUCGAUUAGCUGCUUGUUCUUGGGAUGGAUCUGUUGUACUUAUUGAAUUCACACAGCAGGAAUUAGGUCAACCAUUAGAUCCUGCUGAACAAAGUAGUCUUCAUGAACGAUUAUAUGGUAAACCGUUGGUUCAAGGAGGUUGUACUGUAAUGGAAGCACCCGAGCUUCUUAAUCUAAAAACAUCGACACCAUCGACACAACCAACUUCAGCACCUCCAAAUAUAAAUUUAGUACAUCCACCCAAUACUACUACAACUACUCCUGCUAAAGGUCCAAUUAAUAAGCAAAUUGAAACAAGAACAUCAGAUGGUAAAAGGCGAAUAACACCAAUGUUUAUACCACCACCAUCUGAUACAAUGGAUUCGUCAAAUAAUAGACUAGGAACUCCAACAUUUACAAGCCAAGUAAAAAGUUCCAUUGUUAUUGAGAAACGAAACGACGUCGUAACGCCUAAUGUUACUUCAUCUUUAAAUUCAACAAAUAUAAACAGUCAAGCUUCUACACUUACCUUAAAACGUCGCGACCAGUCGACUCCAAAAUCAUAUCAUACACCAUUUAACAAGAAACCAAAAAUUGCAUCUGAAAGAAAUAUAAAUCAAGUUAUAUUUCCUCCAUUAAAACCGUCCAGUUCAUUGUCUCAACAAGCUGGUCACUAUGCAGUAACUGUUACUAACAGCCAAGGUUUAGCUCAUUUACAAGUAUUUAAAGGCACAGAUUCUGAACCUACUUGGGAUUUGUAUCUGGGAUAUAGCGCUGUAGCGCUUGCAGCAUCACCGACAGUUAUAGCACUUGGGUUAGAAGAUGGUAGCCUCCAUACAUUUCAUCCUACAAAAGGAUGCCGUCCAGCACCUCCAUUAGCACCGCCUGCACCACUUGCAAAAGUUCAUGCAGUUGGAAAUGCAGUAAUGGUUAUUUCAAGCUGUGGUGCUGUGCGUGUAUGGGAAAUAGGAUACUCGUGUAGAAUGAUAGUUUCUACAUCUGCUGCACAUUUAGCAGUACCUGGUACCUCUUUAUUAUCCUGUACUUUAUAUAAUGGAAUGCCCCAUUUAGCUUUCACGAACGCUAGAGCAUAUAUAUAUCAUAAAGAAAUGGGUACAUGGCUACUCAUUGGUGACAGUCAAGAUCCUAUAUGGCGUUGGGCUUCAUUUAAUGCAUCAAGUGCAUCUGGAAAUAGAGCACCUAGAGGUCCAUUAUCUUCUUUGCAGGAAGGACUGUUUAGAACAGCUGGAAAUACUUUACCCAAUCCGAGGUUACCUCAUAGUGCUCCAAGUGUAGUAUCAUAUUUAGAACAACAGCUACUUGCUUCCAAAGCUCUUGGAAGUGCUCAAGAAUACAUACAUUGGCUCAUGGCUUUAGUAUCAUUUUUAUUAACUCAAGACGGAUUAGAGAAACGUCUAAGGUUAAUUCUAGAUGAAUUUUUGGGUCCAAGUCACACAACAGCUUCUAAGAGCAUAUGGGAUCCUUUAAUUUUGGGGAUUAAAAAGCAUAAACUUUUGGAAGAUGUAUUAUCUGUUAUUGGAGGACAUCUUCGCUGGCAAAGAUUGUAUCUUGAGUACACGGAACAAUUAACAACACUGAAAAAUCAAACUAAUUAAAAGUAAUUUUUCAACAUAUAGGUAUAGAAUUUAUAUCGUGAUCAUUAUACAUUCUAAAAUGGUGUCUAGAAACUUGAAAAACAUAAUUAUUUUAUUAAACAUAUCUAUAAUAAAAAUAUAAUAAUGAACAUAAUUUCAUAAACUUCUGAUUUCUGUAACAACUGUAACAUGUGAAUUGCUAAUUUUAAACUUAAAAUGAUACAUUUUUUCCCUAUAUAUAAUCAGCAUAAAUAU